ACCGAACGGGAAACUCUUGUUCCUCGCAACAGGAUUCCUCGUGUUCGACGAAGCGGCGGGUUUUCUCCCCAUGGCGCCGGCCUCAACAAGAAGAGAGGGGUUGUCUCAAACUCUACUUGUGGGGAGAUAUCAGUGACACCGUUUAACAUCUACAUCAACAAAAACUUCUUAGUCCGACAGCAACAGUGGUUCAAGCUUUUACAUCUUAUAAACGACUCGCACUUUGGGGGGUUAGUUCAAUGUGAUUUCUUGCCUCUAAGGGCGGUCAACAAAAUGGAUUUAACGGAUGGUGCCGAACGAAUCCGAAAUGUGCCGAACGCUGGUGGAAGUUCGGUGGUGUCCGAGGCGUUAUCUUUCGAGUUGCUGGGCAGGUGUUUCGGAGCCAAAUUGUUAAAGACUGAGAUGGAAGUUUCGUAUUUCCCAUUUGGCGGUUCUAUCACCGAUUACGUCUGCUCCAUGUUCGGUGCCAAACUGGGGGUGUCUGUGACUCGCGCUAUGAAAUACAAGGGAGACUACUCCGACGAGGAUGCUGCACAUCUGUUGAACAAGAAGUUGAAAGGAGUCAUUCAGUCGAGUAGAAACACGCUGGAGAAAUGGAAUAAACAAAUCCUGCACGUCUGGGCGACGUCACAGCAUACAGCCAACGUCAUCGCGCAUGCGUAUGACAGUAUCCCGGAUGAGGUCAAGGUCAACACCCUCGUUCUCGUUACAACAGCCUCGCGCUCUGAUUUUAUUUUCAACGAUAGAUAAAAUGAUUUAAACAAACAACAACAUGACACUCUUUUUUUUGGCCAAAAUGUCGCUGGUGAUGUUAAAACAUCUGUUACUCAACAUGUGGUCUACAACUGUAGUAGACGUAUGUUGUAGUGCUUGUACGUACAGCACCUAGUGGGAAUUUCACCGUUAAUCAGCUGAUAGAGUGCUAGAGUUUCGCACCAAAGAUCCUUGGUUCGAUUACCCCAUUUUAAAAAUUAAUUUACCCAACGCGCCAUUUCCUGUUCAUCGUGUCACACAUAGAUAUAUUACACCACGUGACUCAACAACUGGCAUACAACACCUGAUGUACAAAAUCUAAGUUCUUACACACAAUGUGACUCAACAUCUGGCAUACAACAUCUGAUGUACAAAUCUAAGUUCUUACACACAACGUGACCCAACAUCUGGUAUACAACAUCUGAUGUACAACUCUGAGUUCUUACACACAACGUGACUCAACAUCUGACAUACAACAUUUGAUGUUCUAAAUCUUAUAAUUUCUUACACAACGUGGAUUCUGAAAAAUCGAUGUUAAAGAUGGAGACAUAUUUUAUUUCUUUUACUUAUUUUCGUGCUAAUAUUCAAUUAAGGUUCAAGCACGCUGGCCUGGGCACACAUCUCAGCUAUCUGGGCUGUUUGUCCAGGACAGUGGAUUAUUCUUGAGUCCAGUCAUGACAUUAAACCUUUAGACUAGUUAGUGUUUAGUAAGACAUAUUUAGUUACUUUCAUCGCACUCUUCUGAAUUGUCUCCCCUUUAUGUCAGUUCAAUAUCACACCCCGCACCCCACACCCCACCGUCCACAAUGAUGUCGGUUACUGACGUAACAAAAAAAAAGACAACAACAGUUUUAAUAAAUGUAUAUAUUGAAAAUAAUAAAAAAAAAAUUUUUUUU